GAGGCGCUGAGCAGCUCACACGUGACCAGGCGGUCUGUUGACAUGUAGCCCCGCUAGCUAGCUUUAGCUCGUGCUAAGCGGUAAGAUGACCUCAAACAAACCAUUUAGAUGAACGUUUACAUUAUUGAAGCAGACAGAGACAUUAACCAUGAAGUCGGUCUAAAGAGUAGAGAUUAGUCGAAGCACGAGCCGCGCGAGGCUUCCGUUCAGCCCCCGAGGACUCGAGGGGCUUCUGGCCGCCAGCCGGCUGCUGUCGCCCCGCUGGACUGUCGCGCUUCAGUCGGGCUGACGUCACACGGACCGGCGUAAACAUUUACAGUAGUUUUUAAGUAAUUAAAUGUGUUGUUACUUUAAUCUGAAGCAGGCUGUUUAAGUCAAAGGGCACGUGGUGUUGAUCAUGGUCAAACAGCACAGAGCCCGCAGGUGUUUCUCAUCUGCUGCGGGGAACAGUGUGUCGUUGGUUCGAAUCCCAGUCGUGCCUGUUUACAGGAGACACCUCCAGACCCAGCGGGUCAACGGUUCUGCAACCACAGAAGAAGAGAGAGGAGAACCGGGACCUGAUGGAGGUCCGGGAGAGAUGAAGAGGGCAAGACUGGACGGAACCGAAGAGGCGGCAGCACUGACCAAUAGAGAAAAGGUCUCAGGGUCAUGUGACCAACCAGGAAGUCAGAGUAGCUCCACUGCAGAUGCCCUGAGGUCCAGACCUUCUCCAGACCAGAAGGUAGAAGAACCCGGUGAUGACAGCAGAGCAGCUGAGCUGCAGGCUGUGAGGUCACUAAAGGUCACCAUCCAGCAGAGCAGUGAGAGCAGAGAGUUUGUGCAGACACACCGGACCGCUGCACUGCACUGUCAUGUGUGUCUGCUCACCUGCCGCUCUCCACAGCUGUUUCAGGAACACAUGAUGGGAUCUGAACACCUGAGAAAACUGAAGGCGAUGACACACUCCAUCUGCCUCCACACACAGACACUGCACAACAGGGGGCGUCGGCCUGAGGCGCAGCGCUGGUGUGACACAUGUCAGACUCCGUUCAGUGAUGACAUCAUCCUCCAUCGGAGGACCAAACAACACAAGAUGUGUAAGCAGCUGUGUCGGCCCUUCUGUCCCGUGUGUAAGCGUCACUUCAGGACCCCCAGGAAGUUUGUGGAGCACAUGAAGUCCUCAGAGCACAAGGAGCAGGUGCACCUGGAGGAGGCUCAGGAGGAGGAGCUGAUCACUGUGGAUGCCGUCGGCUGCUUCGAGGAGGAGGAGGAGAAGAAGGUGGAGGUGGAUGAGGAGGAGGAGGAAGAGGAGGCAGCGGUAGCUGAUGAAGAAGAUGAUGAUGAUGUUGUAGGAGAAGAAAAAAAAGGAGACCAAGAGACCAAAGGCACAAAUCCUGCUGAGGGGGAAGUCUCUGUGGGACACGACCCCAUCACCUCGCGUGGAAGUCGUUUUGUUUUUCCUGUUUCUGGUUUUUUGUGCCGACUUUGUAACAAAUUCUUCUACAACGAGACGACAGCUCGACAAACGCACUGCAGGACACACACACACUGCCUCGAGCUGCAGAGACAGGGAGUGCUGGACUCCUGAGAGGCUCACCUUGUUACCCACAAUGCAUCGAGCCUGAAGAGUCUCCUGUUCCCAUGGCGACGCACUGUGUCCUGCUGUUGGUGUUGGAUGAUCAACAGAAUAUUAUAAACUGUGUUUCAUUGUUUGAUGUUCGACUAAAGAUGGAAGUGUGUUGAUCACAUGUCACAGCUUUGAAUAAAAUGAGAGCAACAAUCAAACAAUAUAAACGAGUUUCA